GAAGGAGAGGGAGAGGGAGAGAGAGAGAGAGAGAGAGAGAGAGAGAGAGAGAAGGAAAGGAAGGAAAGAUAAAACAGAACCCAUCGAACCAGGGUAAACCCAGCGGAUCGGCUUGUCGCCGGGCGAACCACGCGGCGGGACACGGUGAGAGGCCAGGCCAGACCGGACCGGACCAGACCAGACCGGACCAGGCUGGCGGGGUCAUCAUGGGGUUGUGCAAUGGCCUGUCCCACUGCAAGCUUGCUCUGGCCUUUGCAGUGCUGAUGGACUUGCUGGGUGGAGCCGCCCUGCUGGUGGGAGUCUUCGCCCCUCUGGAGAUCAAAGGGAGAGACUUUGGAGACCUGUUUGUCUACACAGGCGCCCUGUUGGUGCUGAUGUCGCUGGCCGGGUGGGUGAUGUGGUACAGCGGGAACAUCGAGGGUCUGACCUCCCGGAAGGAGCUGGGACACAUCGGCAGCGCCGUGGACCGCCUGGCGCGCACCCUCAGCCGCAAGAUCCGCGUCUAUAGGGGCCACCACUGAUCCCGGACAGGGGUUGGAGGGGGAGGGCGUCGGCCAUAUUGCCUGGGCUUUUACAGCUACUGUUGGGGGAUGUACAGACGACUGUGGCCGCGGCGUCGCUCUGUGGACUCACUGCGGCCUGCUGAACCAGUCUGCUGACACCCGGAUCUGUCAGCAUCAGUGUUGGAUAUGAACAUUUCAUAAAGCCGUGACGUCUCUGUCACUGAAUUACACGCAGAAGACCAGUGUUGAAAACCGGCAAAUACACAAAGCCCAUUUCAGCUGUCACUAUCAUGAGUGGCCAGUCUGCUCACGUUUUGUACUGUUUUUGAUAGUUUGUGUGGUUUCAUAUGGUGUGAAGGUCAUGAUUUAGUUCUGGUUUUGUGGUGUCAGGGUUUUCAUAGCGGCUGUAUUCCAGUGUUAAAACGCAGCAGGAGCCUUGUGCUCCGCGUCCAGCUUUCAUGGAAAGCUUUAAUAAAUUACCACUUUUUCACCGCUUAA